AUGGGAUAUUUCGAGACAGUAACCACAGAACUGGCCGUAAUCCUAUUGCUCAUCGCUGCCGCAUUUUUAGUAGUCGUUUUUUGUCUAAUUUGGAUUUUCAAGUGCAGGAAACGCUCUUCUCAACCACCAAUUCUACCUACAGUAUCCCGAGUCGAGGAGCCCUCAUGCACUAAUGACGCCUUCGACUGUGUCGAUGAUCAUUCUGCUAGAAAAAUCGAAGAACGUCGUCGAGCCCGUCAGCAAGCGCUACAGUACUCCCCCAGAGCAGAUUUAUCGCUCAGAAAAAUCGACCCAGAAAUCGGCAAAGCGUUGGCCGUUGAGCAACUGAUGAGAGAUUCUCUGGUUUUCGAUAGUUUGCCCCGCCCACCAAAGGGCACUGUAGAGAUUGUGGCGGCGAAACGGGAUUAUCUGUAA